AUGAUCUUAGACGCACAAUUUGAGACGAUGAGGUUAGGCAUCGGGCAAAUAGCUAUGUUGAAGGCGUUCCUGGAAAAGCCAGUCAGAGGUAUGGAUUUACUAAAAUGUUAUUCACUUGACUGUAAAUACUGAAAAUUUCCGGGUGGCUAUCGUAAAAUAGUCAGAAUACAGCAGAAAGUAGGUUGAUUUUAAUAAAAAGAUUACACGGUCAAAGCUAGUUAGCAGGAAUGGAAACCAUGGCCAGUUUCCGCAUCCUUUUCCAAUAAAACAAAACCACUAUAGAACUAACUUUCUUUAAUGACGAGGAACGGUGUUCUCUCCCCAGUAAUAUGUCAACAUGAAAAAAGGAGAACCUUGAUUAUAUACGUUUUAUACGGAGAGGCUCCACAAUGAGGUCCAACCCCUUCCCCUUUUAUCAAUACCCGAUUAUUGACAGAAAAAGUAGCGCUUUUUUAUACCUUCCAAACUGCUGUAAAUGCGCUGUCUUUGAAAUAUGAAGAGACUGCAAACCAGACAGUUUUUUUCGACUUUUUAAAGAUAUGAAAUGCAUCUCUAAUCUCUUUCGGGCCUUCUUACAAACCAAAAAGACUUGCUUUCCCUAUCCUUUCAUAUGGUUUCGGCAACAAGUGAAAUCCCUACCUUUCUUACAUGAAGCCUGAGAAAGGUAGCCCUUUGGGCUGGAGCCUUCCCGUACAGACAAAUGUAGGGAGUUUCCCCCAGGUACUAUAGAAAAAUUGUUAGGAUCCCCCUGCACUUCAGGUUAUAAACAAUGUAUCAAUCAAUGUUUCCCCAGUGGAAAGGGAAGAACGAAUUAAUGACUUGGUAGAGAAAAUAAAAGCACAAAGAGGAAAUAAAGCAGAAAAACAAAAGUCUAAGACGGUGAACGUUGCGAUGCCCAAGAAAUCAGCGGUAGUGAGGCGCCGCAUGCUUUAUAUAGGUUGGCUCCACCGAUCAAGCGCGGAUUCGCGAUACAAGCAGAUAAAAACAAAGGACGGUGAAGGUUUUCAAGACUUCUAUUACAAUGAUGAUGAACAGAUCACUGUUGAAUCCCUCAAGAUGAAGGCAAGAAAACUUUUCUUUCCGGAGGGUGUGUCCAAGUAUGGUGCUAUUGAAGAUAUGUACGCGACCCGAAAUGAUCCUCGAGGAAUUAUCGGAAUCGAAUGGGAUGACGUUUGAUUCCCGAAGAUGCUAGAAUUACUAGAAUAAAGUAAAUUAAAUAAUUUUGACUCGACUGGUUUAAAGUGUUGAUUUAUUAAUAUAUUUUGGACAAAUUUUUAAAUAAUUAUAACUCCUUUUUAUAAUAACGAAUUUUGCAAAGAAACUUUAGAGUUUAAAUUGAAGGUUUAAUCGUGCAAAUAGCAUCUCGUUAGACCGGUUUAAACGUCAAAAUUCACAUGUGCCGAGUCUGAUACCUAUUUGGUUCUACUUGUAUAGUCGCAGCCUUUACGCGCUAUAGGUUUUAACACACAAACUUUAUUCUAGAACUUCUACAACUGGUGAAGGGAAACAAGUGAAUCGAUGUGAAGUAUAACGAAGUAUAGCGAAGUGUAGCGAAGUAUAGCGAAGUAUAGCGGUACUGAAAAAUAACAAUUAAACAAAUACAAAGUCAAGAUAAAACAACCUACAAACUGAACGAAAGCAAUAAGGCAAUCUAGAAAUGCGAAUGAAACAAACGAGAUACUUACAAGACGAUAGCGAGAUAAGGACGAAAACUAGGACGAGCAAAACCCAAACAUUAAACUGUAAACCGGACCAAGAAGCGAAAAAUUACAAUUAAAACUAAAUAUACGGUAUGCAGAAAAAUUCUAACACGAAGGACAAAGCUACGCGGACAAUGAAAAACUAAUGAACCAAACAACAGCACUAAAGGCGCGAACACGAAAAUAACUAAGACCGCGGCGAACAUAAAAAUACUAUAAAGGUAACGGAAAACAUUCCUGGCGCUUACAACUUGAAUAAGUAAAUCCGCCAUUUUAGACGUCGAAUCAUGAGCGAGUUUUUAUAGAGUUGGAAAAAAAUUGAGAAUUGUGGGUUAUGAUAAAUUAAACAUGAUUUAAAAAUUUGAUUCGGCACAAAAGACAACGGUUGAACUUCUGUCGAGAUUUGACUGGCUCAGUCGAAGAUGCCACAGAGGUCGCGUUGUCGAAUUUCAUUUUAGUUAAACGUCGAACUUCCUACGUAUUCAAUACCUGAAUUAAAUUUGGCACAUGUGAAAUGCGAUGUUUACACCGGGUCUUGAAAAAUUUACAUUUCAAGAAGAUUUGAGAUCUCGCGGUCUGUUUGCAAGCAAAUGUCACGUGUACCUGAUGUCAACACAAGACGACAAGGAAGAGUCGUCCCCCGGCAACCUAAAUCAAGCCGAAGAUUCUGGCCUGGUAUCCUAUUGUCUCUAAGACAAAGCCGAACGACCAUCCACAUCGCAGUUGGGAGUAUUUAUGGGAUGUAGCAAAACAGAGAUGUCAGAGGAAUUUCAAAGUUUAGAGAUGAAGAGUAGUACGCCUAUGAGAAACUCAUCAAGAAGCCAAAGCCCACUCUACGCACCAGCUAUUGAAGGGGGCGAAGGAACUUUGUGUACUGUUGAAAAUGUAGGUGACCAUCGCCAAUUAAUAACUUAUGAAUCUCUUACAGAAUCAUCUUUUUCGGAAGUCCUUCUCACCACGGUUUUGUUUUCAAGGGAACAGUGCUAUGAUACUAACUCUUUUUCACAACCGUUAACCAGGGACACCCCCUUAGAGGAGUAUGGCCCCCUGGAAAAAGGGGUUUACCGUUGUGGGUAUCAACAAAGGUGA